AUGGGAAAAGAAGUCCAACUGAGGCCUAAGGUGAAUGUCUCUUCUUACAUCCACUUUUUGCUGAAUUAUAGGAACAAGUUCAAAGAGCAACAGCCAAAUACCUAUCUCAACUUUAAAGAUUUCUCUAGAAAAUGUUCGGAAAAAUGGAGGUCCAUCUCAAAGCAUGAAAAGGCCAAGUACGAAGCCCUGGCCAAGCUUGACAAAGCCCGAUACCAGGAAGAGAUGAUGAACUACACCGGCAAGAGGAAGAAACGAAGAAAGCGGGAUCCCCAGGCACCCCGGCGGCCUCCAUCGUCCUUCCUCCUCUUUUGCCAGGACCACUAUGCCCAGCUGAAGAGGGAGAAUCCGAACUGGUCGGUGGUGCAGGUGGCAAAGGCCUCAGGGAAGAUGUGGUCUGCGACAACAGACAUCGACAAGCGCCCCUACGAGCAAAGAGCUGCUGUCCUGAGAUCGAAGUACCAAGAAGAGCUGGAAGACUACCGUAAAGAACGGAAGGCCAGGAAGAUCCACGGUCAACCAAGAACCAAGGCAGAGGGAAAAAUGUGUUGA